GCCUCUGUACUCGGAUUGUCACAGUGAUUACCGGAGAGCGAGAAAGAACAACCAUGGACAGGAAAGCCUCUCUAGGUGAAGAUUUAACUUCCACCCUGAUGGAAUUUGAUGACGCUUUGCAAGACUUUACAAGAGGACCUUGUGAUUCGGAAGAACACCUCAAGAAACUUAAACAACAUCUAACUUCGAUCAGUAGUCAUAAUUCAGAAGAUGUGAAUUCAUCUCCGAGAAGCACCACAUAUAACACAGAGGAAACUUUAAGUCAUUCAGUUACCGGCAUAACAUCAAGGCACCAACCAAAAGCAAAACUUGGUGACACAAAAGAACUUGAAAACUUCAUUUCUGAUCUGGAUAACUUUCUCACUGAUUUCUAAAAGAAGAAGUUCUCCGUGAUCGUAAUACGUCUGGCGAAAUCUCCUACUUCCUGCUCAGCAGCUGACGUUAUUCCUUAUUUUAUUUAAGUAACGAGGGUUACCAAGGGUAUAUUAGUCAUUAAACUUAGGCAAUAUGUCUUCUUUUUAUGGGUUUAAAGUUGAACUCCAGACAAACAGUAAAAUACACAGAUGAUACCAUUCAAAUGGGAGACUGAUAGACCCAAGAUUAACCACUUCAAUACCGGGCUUUUAUACUCACCUCCAUACCGGGCCUAUUCUGGCACUUCUCUCCUACAUG